CGGUAAUGUCAAUCCGUGUAAAAUGGUUGCAGAGGUCAAAGGUAAAAGUUGAAGCUGUUCCGCUACGUUCGCAGCACGUUAGCCAACAAUGGCAAAGCAUCAUCCAGAUUUGAUCUUCUGCCGAAAACAAGCUGGUGUUGCCAUCGGCAGACUUUGCGAGAAAUGUGAUGGAAAGUGUGUCAUCUGUGAUUCUUACGUGAGGCCGUGCACACUGGUACGCAUCUGUGACGAGUGCAACUAUGGCUCCUACCAGGGCCGCUGCGUCAUCUGUGGAGGGCCCGGGGUGUCCGACGCAUACUACUGUAAAGAGUGUACCAUUCAGGAGAAAGAUCGAGAUGGCUGUCCAAAAAUUGUGAAUUUAGGCAGCUCUAAAACGGAUCUGUUUUAUGAAAGGAAGAAAUAUGGCUUCAAGAAGAGGUGAAGACGCUGUGGUUGAUUUUCACUUUUUAGCCAUUCUGUCCUGCUAGGUUUUCUUUCAAGCUUCCGGAGUGAAAUUUUCGUGACAUUGAUUUGUUAUUUGAAUAAAACAUCUUUUAUA